CGAUCACCAUCCAGUGCAACAGCCACAUCAGAGCUCUAGCUACUCUUGCAAAAUCCCAAGUCAAAAAAGUACCACCAUGAACUUCUACAAGAUCUUCGUUUUCAUCGCCCUCAUUCUGGCCAUCGCCAUUGGGCAAUCCGAAGCUGGUUGGCUGAAGAAAAUUGGCAAGAAAAUUGAACGCGUUGGCCAGCACACCCGGGAUGCCACAAUCCAGGGACUGGGAAUCGCUCAACAGGCCGCCAAUGUGGCAGCCACCGCCCGAGGUUGACCACGUUGGCUAUCUAAUAGAUAUUUUAAAAAUCGUAUUUAUUUUAUGCAUCUAAGUAAAUAAAACAUUUAAAAAAACA